AUGGCUAGCUCUUCACAAAAGGUCUAUCAGGCUUGGCCAACUGACCCUCCAACCUACGAACAAGUGAACGAUGGGGCCACGCAGAGCCGAGAAUGGAAUUAUUCUCUCUUCGACUGUUGUUCGCCCGGCACGCUUUGCUUGAUGGCCUGCUGUUUACCGUGCCUGGCAUAUGGAAAGACUCAAGCUAGAGUCCAAGACCCAAGUUUGCGAGGCUUUAGCUACGUGAAUAGCUCUUGCGCCAUUUGGACCUUCCUGAGCUUUGGAGCAUUACAGUGGAUUUCUCAGACGAUCACGCGUGGUGAGCUGCGAAAGCAACACGGCAUUGAAGGCUCAUGCUGUGGGGAUUGCUGCGUGUCGACAUUCUGCGGUUGUUGUGCUAUUAUCCAAGAGGAGAAAGAAGCUGAGCUUAGGUCAAGACCUAAUCUGGCCGGCUACCAGAGGACACCUGCCAUGGGUAUGAACUAG